AUGCCCCUUUCAUCCUUGGCGGCGAAACGACGGUCGGCACGCAACUCGUAUCCUUUCCAGCUCGCCCUGACCACCCUCCUCGCCCUGUUCGCCGCCCUCACCUGGCACCUCUACGCGACCCAGCGGCUCCCGUCCAUCAUGACGUCGCAAGACCUCGGCGGCAAGCCGAGCAGCUUCGUCUACGUCCCGCCCGUCGGCGCGGGCCAGGCGCAGCAACCGAUCCCGACGGACUCGUCGCUGCACGUCGCCAUUGACGCGCAGGGUACCACCACCACAAACACCAUCACCAUGCCCCUCCGUCUCCUCUCGUACAAUGUGCGCUACGACAACCCGCACCCCAUCACGGGCGAGCAGCCGUGGCGCGUGCGCGGGCCCAAACUCGCCACCCAGCUGCGCUUCCUCACCGAGGGCCACGACAACGCCUUUCUCUGCCUGCAGGAGUGUCUCCGCUCCCAGGUGGACGACAUCCAGGCACGGCUGGGCGCGGGCUGGGCGCACAUUGGCCGCGGCCGCGACGCGCGCGCCACCGACGGCGAGUUCUCGCCCGUCUACUACCGCGCCGCCGUGUGGAACUGCACGCACACGGAGACGCGCUGGCUGAGCGAGACGCCGCACACGCCGUCGCGCGGCUGGGACGCGGCGCUGAACCGCAUCGUCACGAUUGGCGAGUUCACCCACCGCGCGCGCGGGACCAAGGUCGUCGUCAUGAGCACCCACUUUGACCACGUCGGGGUCCGGGCCCGCGAGAACAGCGCCCGCCUGCUGAUUGCGAUUGCGAGGGAGUGGAGCGGCCGCGCGGAGGGAGCGGCCGUCCUCGUCGGCGGCGACUUCAACAGCACGCCCGACGACGGCGCGUACAAGGUCAUGGUGGCCGAGGGCUCCGGCAUGUCCGACAUUUCGGACCUCGUGGCCCCCGAGGACCGCUACGGGAACCACUUGACGUACACGAGCUUUGGCGAGCCCGGCGAGGGCCCGCAACGCAUCGACUUUUUGUUCAUCCAGGAGCCGCGCGCCGCCGUCAUCAAGUCGUUUGGCGUCUUGCCCAACAGCUUCGACGACAAGGUGCGCCUCUCGGAUCACCGGCCGGUGGUGGCGGACAUGGAUGUCCCGAUUUAG